AAUCAAAUCAAUAUUUUAUUUUAUUGAUAUGACUGAUUCUUUCAACAACAACAGCACCAAUAUCACAACGGAAUUUCUUUCACAACCACUUGAAGAAUUAAACAGUCUACUCGAUAGUAAUGAUGAAUGGCAAUUUGACAACAAGUGCGUGACAUCACGCAUUGGUUCUCUUAGAAAUUUAUUGCGACAACUUAGUAACAAAUGGAUAUUGUUUAAAGCCAACAUCACUCACAAAUUGCUAACCACUGUAAUUUGGAAGACAAGUCAAAGAAAUGAAGUUGUUGAAAUUACAAUGAAACUAUUAGAAAUCAUUUGUUCAUUUUCUGUCAAAGUUUCAGAUAUCAAGUUAAUAUUAAAUAUGAUUUGUAAUAAAAAUAUUGAAAUUGAAAAUAAUAACAAUAGUCAACAAGAAAAUUCUAGUA